AUGGACAAGCCGUAUACCGCUCAGGCAGAAUAUAAAAAACAAAAUGCGUACACAGACCAAGAAAUAAAUUCUAAAAUAAAAAUUAAACCAUACAGACAAAAAACUCAUCUAACAAUGAAAAGUAUUCUACCGAUAAUCGGAGUUGUUUGGACUUUAAUAGCAUUAGCGCAUGGAAAAGCUUGUACAGACUAUGCUAGCUAUGCAGGACAACAAGUUUGCGAUCAAUAUGGAGGACAAUGUGGGCAAUGUGUUAGCUUUGUAAAAAUAUGUACAAGUGAUUAUAGAAAAACGAGUCAAUGGAAAAGAGGACUAAAAGUCCGAGAAACAUCAUCCAUUCCUGUCGGCACAGCCAUAGCAACAUUUCCUAAUGGUAGAUAUUCUGGACAUGCGGCGAUUUACACUGGUCAAAAUGAUCAAGGGAUUCAAGUUUGGGAUCAGUGGUCUCGACGUAAUGUCACUCCACGUACAAUUCGUUGGAACGGAUCUGGUAUAUCAAAUAAUGGUGAUUUAUUUUAUGUUAUCAAUUAA